CAGAAGCGGAAUAAUUUAUAACGUGAUAAUAGUCUUGUGUUGGCUGGUUUGGACUGCUCUGCUGAAAUGGAUAUCAAUGAACUUGAUGAAGACGGCCCUCCGGAGCUGGUUUCCAUCGAACCCGAUACAUCGCAGCGUCCAAAAUCCCCCACAGAUCUCAAUCUUCCACGGGUCCCAAUUACUAUUGUAACAGGCUACCUGGGUGCUGGAAAAACCACGCUCUUAAACUAUAUCCUGAAUGAGAGGCACGGGAAGAAGAUUGCUGUCAUAUUAAAUGAGUUCGGGGAUUCUGCUGAUAUUGAGAAGUCCCUAACUGUCAAUCAAGAGGGCCAGCAAGUCGAAGAAUGGCUUGAGUUGCCAAACGGCUGUUUAUGCUGCUCAGUGAGAGACACCGGCGUUAUUGCUAUCGAAUCCCUAAUGAGCCGGCGUGGUAGCUUUGACUACAUACUGUUAGAGACCACCGGGCUUGCCGAUCCCGGGAAUAUAGCUCCCUUGUUUUGGGUUGAUGAUGGACUCGGAAGCUCCAUUUACCUCGACGGCAUUGUCACCUUGGUAGAUGCAAAGAAUAUAUGCCAUCUUCUUGACCAGCCGGCUCCUCAAGAAGUUCAAGAGAACCGAGGUGGUGCAGUUCUAACUACCGCACAUUUACAAAUUUCACAUGCCGAUGUGGUGAUCUUGAACAAGAGUGACCUUGUUACGGCUGAGGAGCUGGAGCACGUUAAAAGGCGCAUUAGAGGAAUCAAUGGCUUAGCGACAAUCCAUGUCACUGACCAUAGCAAAGUACCACAAAUUGAAGGAGCACUCCUGGAACUUCAUGCCUAUGAUAAGCUCGCGAAUUUUGACUUUAGUGAGAAGGGCCAGAGCCAGCUUGACCCCACCAUCUCCACCAUUUCAUUCGCAGUACCAGAUUUACCGGAGUCGAAACUUCCCCUUGUCGAUGAGUGGCUGCGUUCUGUACUAUGGGAGCGCCAACUCCCGCUGUCGUCGUCUCAUAUGCCUCAAGAGGACGGCUCUCUAGACUUCGACCCCCAUCGCCUCAAAGCAAUUAUUCGCCUUACCAACGGCAAUAUUAAAAUUGUGCAGGGUGUUCGAGACAUAUUUGAGAUCACAGAAUCCGAAAAACAAGACCCUUCUUGUGUGGUAGCAUCCAAGUUCGUUUUAAUCGGUAGGGGACUAGGAAAGGAUUCAUCUGUGUGGCAGGAAAGUUUGCUUGGCAUGCUUGGAGAUGUUAAAAAUAUCGUUUCGAAAGUCAGAGAAUAAGGCAUCUCAUUUUGUUUAAAAAAGUAUUCUGUGACGUUUGGCUGUCUGCAUAGAUCACACGCUGGCAAGAGACAGCAAUGAUAUCCCGCUGGAUGGUAUGCCCUAUUCCGUUCCUCUCUCAAGACAGCUUCAGGAAA